UCCAUAUAUCACCCAUCAUCUUAAUCUCCGGCCGCGGGAGGGAAGAUGUUGGCCGGGGCCAAGGACAACCCCUGCCGCAAGUUCCAGGCCAACAUCUUCAACAAGAGCAAAUGUCAGAACUGCUUCAAGCCCCGGGAGGUGCACUUACUGACGGACGAGGACUUGAACCAGGCUAAACCCAUCUAUGGAGGCUGGCUAUGUUUGGCACCUGAAGGCACAGAUUUUGAAAAUCCAAUGCAGAGAUCAAGAAAAUGGCAGCGCAGAUUCUUUGUGUUGUAUGAGCAUGGUUGUCUUCGUUAUGCAUUGGAUGAAUCGCCAAGUACCCUACCACAGGGGACAGUUAACAUGAACCAAUGUACAGAUGUCAUUGAUGCUGAACCCAAGACCGGACAGAAGAAUGCGCUCUGCAUCAUCACACCUGAACGGGAAUUCUUCAUCCGUGGAGAGUCCAAAGAAAUAAUUAAUGGGUGGUGCGAGCAGCUGAUAGUCUAUCCCAGAACGAAUAAGCAGAACCAGAAGAAGAAACGCAAGGUGGAACCUACAACUGCUCAGGAGCCUGGUCCAGCGAAAGUAGCAGUGACUGGUUCAGGGAUUCCCGAUGCAGAGAAGGUGCCAGAUUCACGGUCCAGCCUGUGGCAAGAGGAGCUUCACGGCAGAGAUGUGGAAGCAACUCAGAGUUGGCCUCUUCCUGAUGCUAGCUCCCACGGAGGGUUGUUUUCUUCAAGAGAGGGUGAAAUGCGUCCCCCUGAUGUUGCUUCUGAUCACAGUUCUGUUAAUGGAGAUGAGGUGGAUAGAGGAAGGCUCCCAUCGCUUGACCAGCAGAGGCAGGAGAUGCGUGUCCUUUCCCCUACUGGUAGCUCUUCAAGCAGGCAUGUUAUGGAGCCUGGUGGGGUUCCUCGUUGCCCAUCACCAGUCUAUAGUGAUCCCUUCCCCUCUGCUAGUAGCCUGCUGUCCAAUGGAUCACAUAUUAGCGGGUCCAUGAGUUCACUGGACUCAGAAGCAAGUGGAAGCACAGUAACGAGCACAGACAGUCACUAUGCUGAAGGUAUGGCACAUAGAGCCUCAACACUGGCUGACAUUCCCCGAGCCAGAAGAAUAAGCAAUAGGGAGACUUAUGAGGCUGAAGUUAAAAAGAUGGAAAAGCGGACAAGAGCAAGAAGUCCAGGGAGAGAUGAAGGCGAACGGAAUUUUGGACAAGAAAGAAGUCGGCGCUCAACUGUAAUAGAGAAACUUGAAGCUCUGGAGCUGGAGAAUGCUGAUCGAAUGGAGACUGAUCAGCUUGCAGGAGAAGCAGUGCCCAGUGAGUCACGUCAAGGGAGAAGUGAAACGAGACGUUUCCAACGGAGAGAGGAAAUGAGAAAGGAAGCUACCCGAGAGAGAGAUUUUCAUUCCUCUUCUAUACCUCCUCUUCGGCGAGCGAAGUCCCUUGAUAGGCGAACGACUGAAUCUAUAAUGACGCCAGAUUUACUGAACUUCAAGAAAGGUUGGAUGGUGAAACUUAAUGGAAUGGGCGAGUGGAAGAAAUACUGGUUUGUACUGACUGACCACAGCCUGCGGUACUACAAGGACUCUAUAGCUGAGGAUGCAUCAGAUCUGGAUGGUGAGAUUGACUUGUCUUCCUGCUAUAAUGUAACCGAAUAUCAGGUCCAGAGAAACUACGGAUUCCAAAUUCACACGCAGGAAACUGUGUACACCCUCUCCGCGAUGACUGCUGGUAUUCGGCGCAAUUGGAUUCAAGCGAUAAUGAAAAAUGUUCGUCCUUCAACAGCACCAGAUGUUGCUAGCAGCUUACCAGAGGAGCAGUGUGCUGCGAUGCCCCCAGAUACCAUCGGGAAACAUGACAGCAAAUCUGACUCUCCAUCUUCCGAAACGUCAUCUAUCGACAAAGAGACUGGGCAGCGAAGGAGUCGAGCACGUGACCGAAGACGUGAAGGCAGAUCGAAAACUUUUGACUGGGCAGAAUUCAGGCCAAUAGCACAAGCCUUGGCACAGCAGAGAGCAUCAAAAUCCGAUCUGUGUGACAGCCGUGUGGAGAGCCUCAGCCCACCUCCACCAGAACUGAGUGACUGGGAGCGGACUAAACGGCGGGAGGAACGUAGGAAAAGAUACGAGGCGGUGACGGGAACUCCAGGUUCAAGCUCAGUUGAUGGAGGCAGGAUGGAGUUUGAAUCAGCCAGCACCUCACCACCCCCGGAUCGACAGAAGAAAGUACACGAUGAAAUCGAAGAACACUGGCAACAGGUGGAGCGGACACCCCUCAGGGAAGAGCGGCGGAUACCACUGGCAACUGUUACACCAGGUUCUCAGACGAUGCAGAUUGACAAGCUCCUGGAAACCCACGCAAAAGAGCUUGAAGAUUUAAAAACCCAGUUGGAGAACUGCCAGCAAGAACUGUCAGGCUCUCAGAAGUUCAGAGCAGAGCUUGAAGCCCAGCUGAAGUCUGCCAUGGAGCGUGAGCAGCAGGUCCGGGCAGGCUAUAUCUCACAGCUGGAGCCACCUUUGGCAAGUUCAAACGCCUGGCAACAGCUACAGAAGCUGAACCAGGACCUACAAGCUGAGCUCGAAGUUCAACGGCAGAAACAGGAGGUGGCUAAUACACACGCUCAGAGCCUUAAAAAGAACUACCAGGAUGCCAAGGAACUGCUGAGACAGCAAGAGACAAAAAUACAAACCUUACAGGCCAGACUGGACAUGUCUCUGUCUGAGGUAGCAAUUAAUGAACAGUCGUUAUCCAAAGUCCAAAAAGAGUUGCGCCUGGAACGCCAGAGAUACAAGGAGCAGGCUGAUGAGUAUGAGCACAAGUUAAUUAUGUUCAGUGACCAGUUACGAGAUAGUGAAGAGAAACUUAGGGAAGUGGAAGGACUGCUUCUUGAAAAAACACAGGCUUUUAGGGACCUGGAAAGGCAAAUGGCUCUUCAGAAAGACUAUCAACGAGAAGUGAAACGGCUUCAAGAGCAUCUGGAAGAUGCCAGCAGCAGACUGCUGUGCAGUGAACAGGGCGUUAUUCUGAGUGAAGAACGUUUUCAGAAACAGUAUGAGAGUCUUAAAGAGAAAUAUGAGAAGGAAAAGGAGCUUUUGUCACGCAGUGUACGAGAGGCUGAGGAGAGGGUGAGAGAGUAUGAAGAUCGCCUCCAGACUCUUGAGGUUCAGUUGCAGAAAAUUCAAAAAGAAAAGCUCGCCACCUCUUUUAAAAGCAGUGAAGUGGUCAGACAAAUGGAGGAGCAUGUUGAGAUGAGUGAGGGAACAGUGAAGAAACUGACGCAGGACCUAGACAUUUUGUCAACUGAGAAUGGGCGGUUGACUCAACGCUAUCAGGAAAUAGUUAACCAGCUGACUGAAGCUGACCGAGAAGUCGAAGGGCUUAAGCUGGAUUUGGUUAAGGAACGAGAAGGAUAUCGGGAUUUGAAUGACGAUUUUGAAAAAGCCGUUCAAGAGGUGAAUGUCCUGAAAAACGAAUUAGCCGAAAACCAUUUUAAAUUGGUGGCAGUGAAGGAACCUUAUGAACGAGAGCUUGCAAAGAAAAACAAGGACUUGAACGAGGCUUUAAUUAAACUGGAAGCUUUGGGUAGCAGCUUGGAGGAAACUGAAAAGAAGCUUCAUCUUAAGGAGGCUACACUCAAGGGCCUUGGCUGGCAGGUACCAACAGAAGUAGAUCUGCUCCUCGAGAAAAAGGAAGAGCUACAGAUCAGAUUAGAAGAUGCAGAGUCCAGGUUAGCUGAACAGGACAUGAAACUGAAAGUAGCUGAAAGCAGUUACAGGGAAAUACUUUCCCAAAACAAUGAGCUCAAAUCAAAGCUGGAGGUUCAUGAGCAACACAAAGCAGAGUUAAACCUCCAAAGGCUUCCCAAAACACUUAAAGCUGCUGAAAACAUUCCUUGUUCUGCAGCUGGUAUAUCUGAACAGCAGGUUCAGAGCUCAGUGAAAUCCAGUGCACAGCUUUCUAAUGAGUUGGUGGCAAGGCUUCAGGGUUUGGACAGUCGCUUAACUGCACUGAUUGAUUCACGAGGCCCACAAACUGAACCAAUUUGUUUUUCAGUAAUGCCAUCUUCCGAUAUGGACCCUGAACAGUCUUGUCAGACAGCAAUGGUAGAUAGUUCUAUCGCGGAUCUGCAAAAGUAUCUUGCAAUUAUGCACUCACUUGAAACUAAAUUACUGAUGGCCGAGCAACAAAUGGAAGCAGAAACUUCAUAUCCUCUAAGUACAUUCACAAGCCCACAGUGCAGUUCAGAAAACGUUGGAAGUAUGUCAGACCCUGGAGUGCAUCCAAAAGAGCCAUUAGAUGGAAACCAGACUCCAAUCUGCUCACACUUUGAACAGGUUGCUAGCUCUGAAGACAAACAUAAGAUGUUAGUGCAGGCCACCAACUCUGAGUUUCAAGCACUAGAGGCCAAGCUUCUUCAGCUGCGUAAUGUUUUGGAAGGUUUACAAUCCAAAGCUGGCAAACUUGCUCAAGGAAAGGAAGUGGAACAGCAGGGGCAGCAGGUGUCUGAAUUGAUACAUGUGCUCGGCAGCUCUGUACAAUACUUACAACAAAUGGAGGCAGAUUUAGCCAGGAAGAAUAGAGCAUUUAGUAGCGAAGAUGCUUUAGUGAGAGUUUCAUUAACUGAAGAAGAAAAGUUGAAGUAUCUGAUUAACAAACUGUCCCUUGAAGCAGCAGCACUUAGCAAAGUUGCCAGUAUUUUAGAGAAUUCAGAAUCCGAUCUAAUAAGCACUUUGCAUGAAAUUAGAAAACAUUCUGAAAGCAUCACAUUGCCUUCAGUGCCCACUGAAGAAGUUGAUGCUCAAAUAGGAUAUUCUGUUCUCAAAAAGGUAUUGAUAGAAGGAACGUUUUGGGCAAAUUUGCCCAAAAUGUAUGAGAGUCAGACUUCCAAUGUGGAAGAACCUUUGGGUGAGCCCAUAAACAGUUUUCUGAGCAUGAUGGCAAACAGUAUGUUAAUAAAAGGUGAGAUGAUGUUUUGGGCUCACAAUAUUUUGGUGGUUUCAGAAGAAAAACUGCAACAGUUGAAAGUGAAAUACACAAAAAUACAUGAUCGCAACAGCAAACAUGAACGGAUGCUUAGGGAUGUUGUAGAGGGUUUUGGGACAUGUUGCUUUGAAGCACUAAUAGGGGAAAUCGGUCGUGAAUUAUGUAAAACCGAAGAGGGUGAAUCACUUUUGUCCCCUUGUACUGAAGCCCCUGAACUAUCAUCCUUGGCCAUUUCCUCUGGUCAGGAAAUUGAACUAGAACAUUCUGUUAGAACCGAGUUGGCACAGCACAUUCGGGGAAAUGCAUACUUACUGAAACACGUUCCCAUUCUAUUCAGUCCGGUGCAGAUGAUGAUCUUGUCCUCUUGGCCAGGCAACUGGCUCGUAGCAUGGACUGUAUACCUGCAUUAAGCAGGCCUAGUGAUGCAAAAGACAUCUGGCCACUCCUCCUUCAAGAUGCAGUAAU